AUGGGAGAUCUCCCUAAGGAGGAACCUCCAUUCUACCUAUCCCCCUCCUUCUUAGGGCGCGUCCCGAGCCCUUGGAAAGAGGUAGCUAAGGUUGGUUUGAAAAAAUUCAGCGAUCUAGAUACGGCCCGGAGGCAAACCAGGUGCGGUCCAAAGCCAUCCAGGUAUAGGCCGACGGCCAUCCGGAUACGGCCCGAAGACCAUCUGGCAGCCAUCUGGAUACGGCCCGGAGGCAAACCAGGUGUAGCCCAAAGCCAUCCAGGAGGCCCGGAGGCGAUCCGGAUACGGCCCGGAGGCAAACCAGGUACUGCCCAAAGCCACCCAGAGCUCAAUAGCAGUUGCAUUACAAAGCUGUCUGUGCUGCACUUCUCGCUGAAACAGGAGCUGACAACAAUCCUGCAUUCAACCACCACCACCACCACUGUAUCCGCUCGAGAGCUUGAACGCUCAAUCGGGCUCGGAUCAAUGACGGGGCAUGGGCGGCUCGGUGGAUGGGCGGCUCGCAAGCUGACGAUCAAGGAUGAGGGGUACCUGCAUCUCCUGUCAGUUGCGGUGCCUGAGCUUCCUCCUCCAGCUGCGCUGCGCGGACUGCUCAUCCCAAGGGGAUAUGUGAAGGUUUACAAUAGAGGGAAUGCAGGAUAG